UUUGGUCACUGGCAAAACCCAUCGUAUUUUAUGUACUAUUUGUGUCGAGGACGCCGAAUUUGAUGCUUGACAGUCUCUGAUAGAUAGAUUCAGCAUUUUUACUGCAGACCCCAUUGCUAGCGACCAAUCUCAAGCGAUAUAGAACUACCCAUGUAAACACUUGGCUCUGCGUCACUAACAAGCUCCUAUUCAUAUUACAAGGACAAUUUAUCCGCAGAAUUCGGACGUCUUCUUCGCGGCCGAGGUGUCCGUUGUCUAUUUAGAAAAGACUUUGCGAUAUCCCAGUGGUCGCGCUCCAUAUAUAUAUAAAACAUAAUCAUAUACAAACAUGGCCGAUUAUUCACAGUACGCUACUCCAGCAGCAGAAUGGGUUGAGUUUCAAAAGACACUCCCUCCUGCUGUGCCUCCAACAGCCACGGUGUUUGAAGCACGAGAUGCUUUUAAUGCUUCGAGAGCAAAGGCACAUAAAGAAUUCUACGGGGUAGCAGAUGAUGUCCAAAUCGACGAGUUCACGAUCCCAACUCCCGGCGGCUCGUCGAUUCCAGCCCGUCUCUGCCGUCCUAAGAACAUUGGCAAAGCCCCUCUGCCUCUCUAUAUCCGUUAUCACUCCGGGGGCUGGCAUCUAGGAACAUUGGAGACCGAGGCGCCCUACUGCGCUCAUCUCUGCUCGACCUUCACCAAGACGGACCCGACAGGCGUCGGUAUCGCCAUCCUGCACCCCCUCUACCACCCUACACCCGAAUACGCUUUCCCCACACAACCAGAAGAGUCAUGGGCAGCUUUCGAGCUCUUCGCAUCUGAAGGCUCCGAAGUGGCAGCUAAGUACGGUCUAGACACGAACAGAGUCUACCUUGGCGGCACAUCCGCGGGAGCGAACCUCUCGAUCGGCAUCGCGGUCAGGGAGAUGAGACGCAUCCAGAAACUGCAACAAGAUCAGGGAUCCAGCGCCCCGAGACCAGUCUCACGAGUGAAGGGGCUGGUCCUCACUGCUCCUCCGACUGUCCAUCCCGACCUGUUCCCUUAUCAUCUCCUAGCGAACCGACAAUCCUCCUCCCUUGUCCAGAAUGCCGACGCUCCGCUCCUUCCAAUGUCUCGACUGAACGAUUUCGUAAACAUGUACUUACCCAACGCGUCCGAGGAGACGAAAGCCGACGAGAGACUUUCCUUCCUUAUUAUUCCCGACGAAGAGUUCGAUAAGGGGUUAUGGCCCCCAACGACGUUCCAUAUUGCGGGGAUGGAUCCGCUGCGCGAUGAAGGGUUGUUGUUCGCAGAGAAGUUGAAUGGGAUUGGCGUGGAGACGAAAGUCACUGUCUACACUGGCUUCCCCCAUGCUUUCAAUCUAUACCCGCAGUUGAAAGAGGCUGCAAAAUGGAGAGAGGCUACGCUGGAGCAGUUGAGAUGGUUACUUGGCAAGCAGUAAAUCGCAGGGGGUCGGGCAAAAUACCAGACAUCAUCCUGGAAUUAUACGAUAGUCAAUGCACGAGU